AUGGGUUGUGACUGUUACAUUCUCAUAAUCUUGACAGUCUACUUGUCCACUACACUUGCCACAACAAGGAAGCAUCAUAGGAGGUCUACAGAAAAUGAUCCACGAAGUCUUGGCUUCCAGUUCGAAGUGGAACCGCGAAGGAAUGUCACUGUGUCCGAAUCCACAAGUCACUUAUUGGAAUGUAGUUAUGUGUUGGCUCAUGAGAGAUACGUUCAGACAGUACGUGUUGAGUGGAAACGAGAUGGAGUUAUGCUUAGCGAGAGGUCGUCAUCGAGAAUAAAAGUAAUGUCCAACGGAUCACUAUGGAUCGAAGCGAUGAGUAGUGCUGAAGAAGGAACCUAUCAAUGUGCCGUUCAUGUAACAUCAAAAAACGAUUUGGCAAUCGACACAUGGACGUUUCUGAGUCGAAAAGCCACUUUACGAUUGGCUGAUUUAUCGAAAUUCGAGUUACAACCAGUUGAUAGAACUGUCGCAAAGGGACAACCCACCGCAUUCCAUUGUCUAAUUAACUCGAAACCAACACCAUCAGCGGUCUGGCUUCACAAUGACCAACCGAUAGUUAAUGGAGGAGAAUACCACAUUUUACCAGUUUCAAACACGCUUGAAAUCAGCUCAGUACAGUCAAGACAUGAGGGAACGUAUAGGUGUACGGUGGAAGGAGCAGGAAAGAGAAGGAGUAGUCAAACGGCCAGAUUGGCAGUUACAAUUGGUAGGAAAGUAUCUAACGAAUUAAGUUUUAUCACCACUCCACGUCUUCAAGUUGUUGAACAAGGCGGCGAAUUCCUACUCGAGUGUCUCGUAGCAUCUCGCAUUCGUCCACAGGUUCGAUGGCUCAAAGACUCUCGACAAAUCAUUGUUGACGGAGUUCGAAUUCGUCGUGUUGGUGUCUCGUCCAUCUUGGUCUCCCGUUCAUCUAUAGAAGACACCGGACUCUACACGUGUCGUGCAUCAAACAAUGACGACUCAAUUGACCGGGCAGUAUCUGUUGAAGUUCGUGCACCACCUAGAAUCACCACUCGACCGGCUACGAAAGUUGCUGUUGAAACUGCUGAUGUGGAGUUGGAAUGUGGCACGGCUGCAGCACGUCCAGAAGCACGUGUCAGUUGGUAUAAGAAUGGUGAAGCAAUCAUCGGAAGUGAAUACUUUGUCAUCGAACCAAGCAGACUCCGUAUUCUGGGAGUCGUCCGUGCAGACCAAGCCAUCUAUCAGUGCAUUGCCGAAAAUGAUGUAGGAAGUGAACAAGCUAGUGCUCAGCUACUUGUAGAUGCUCCUGAUUCGUCAUCUGUGGCUGCUUCCUCGGGAGUUCCAAUGACUGCUUCAGCCCCAUUGGGUCUUCGAUCGACAUCUUCUGGAUCAAGAUUCAUCAAUGUCGAAUGGGAUCCACCAGUGCAAAGGAAUGGAAACAUUAUGAGAUAUCACGUCUUCUACAAAGACAAUUCAAUUGAUAGAGAGAGAAUGAUUAAUUCAUCAAGCACAUCGGCUACGCUGACUUCUCUUCAACCAUUCACAAUGUAUCUGAUUCGAGUGACAGCUGAGAAUGAAGCCGGAAUGGGGAAGUUCAGUGAUUCGUUGAAAGUUACAACAAACAAAGAGCAAGCUGUUCCUGGAAAAGUCACCUCUCUGGUUGCUACAGCUACCGGACCGGAAACUAUCGAUAUCCGGUGGAGUCCACCAUCUGGAGGUCAACCCGCUCUUCGUUAUAAAAUCUAUUAUUCGCAUGAUCCGCUGGAAAAGAGUGAGAAGGAAACAUUGAUUACGACUUCGACCACGCAUUACACCCUACACGGAAUGGAUAAAUACACUGGUUACCAAAUCCGGAUCGAAGCCGAAGGAGCUAAUGGUUCCGGUCUUUCUAGUGACACCGUUCGUAUCCGAACUCAAUCCGAUGAGCCAUCAGCUCCACCGGUAAACAUUCAAGCAGAAGCUGACAGUUCCACUAGCGUUCGUGUGUCAUGGGAUGAACCAGAGAAAUAUUCAGUGAAUGGAGAGGUCACUGGAUAUCGUCUGAAGUAUAAGACGAAGGCCCGUGGUGCUAAAGGAAACACUCUUGUCAUCGAUGCAACGUCUCGGGAGUAUACCAUGGGAAAUUUAGAGCCGAAUACUCAAUAUCUGAUUCGAAUGGCUGUUGUAAAUCACAAUGGAACUGGACCGUUCUCCGAAUGGGUUGCAGUGGACACUCCUGGACAAGAUAAGGAAGAAAGGACACUUGGUGCUCCUAGAGAGAUUCGGCCACAUGCAGGAAUCGAUUACAUUUUGGUAUCGUGGUUGCCGCCAGCAGACGAACAAAAUUUAGUGAGAGGAUACCAGAUCGGAUGGGGUCUAUCUGUUCCGGAUACCGAAACUAUUCGAGUCACAGCUUCAACAACACAGUAUAAGAUUUCUCGUCUAAGCUCUGAAAGAGAUUAUGUGAUAUCUCUUCGAGCUUUCAACAAUUUGGGGUCCGGAUUUCCAAUAUAUGAAACUGUGAGGACAUUGUCACGAGAGACUCCACACUUCUCAGAAGACUCGGAUUCAGAUGACGCUGAUGGCCAGUUGGGAUCAUCCGAAUCAACUCCAGUUGGCCUGCGUACAGAAGCAGUUUCCGGUACAUCAAUACGUGUUAUGUGGACGGAGUCUGACGAGUCGGCAUUCAACACACAAUACACAGUUAGAUACAGCACUUCAGUUGACGGAAACCAACACAGAUAUGUGAAUAGUACGGAAACAUGGGCAACUGUAGAAGGACUUCGACCGGCUACAGAAUACGAGUUCGCAGUUAGAGCCGUUGCGUCGAACGGGCAGCUCAGCACAUGGUCAAUGGCAGCAAGGAACCGAACUUGGUCUGCACCUCCAAGCUCCGCCCCCAGAGAUCUUACAGUACUUCCUGCUGAAUCUGGGGAUCCACAUUCAGCGAGUCUUCACUGGCAACCGCCGAAGUAUUCAAACGGAGAAAUCGAAGAGUAUUUGGUUUUUUACACGGAUAGGGAGUCUCUUUCGGAUAAGGAUUGGACUAUCAACUAUGUGGCAGGAGAUAAACUAUCACAUCAAGUCAGUAACCUACUUCCGAAAGCUAAUUACUUCUUCAAAAUUCAAGCGAGGAAUGAGAAAGGCCAUGGACCUUUCUCGUCAAUCGUUGGCUACACACCAUCCGGUGGUGCUAUUCUUUCUGGACGAGACCGCAAUGUUCCUCGUGGUCAUGGCUCCGCAAUGGGCGAUACUGUGUCACUAAUCGAACAACUCCAGUCGAUUUUCCAAACGAAUCCGCUUUAUCUAAUGCUGCUGAUUGCAUUCGCUCUGAUUCUCAUCUUGACACUCAUUCUUAUUAUCAUGUGCUGCUUGAAACGAUCCGGCGGCGGUGGAAGAAAGAAUGGAUAUCAAUCAGCAAAGAAAACGAGUGGAAGUGGUGGAGUUGGAGGCGGAAUCGGUGGACCUCCCAAUGAUUUAUGGAUCAACGGAACUGGAAGUCAUAUGAGAGCUGGAGCAUCUGACUAUAUGGUUGACGGUCUUGCCACUGCACAUCUAACAGCGGCAGACAUUGAUUCUCCCACUCCUCGCUACCAUCAUCUUCAAGGUCAAGGUACCCUUACUAGAAGCUAUCAUCAAAGUUCACAAAGUUUGGAAGGACGACAACGGACACCUCAAGUGGUUUAUACAGGAACAGGAAGACAUCAGCCUAUUCACAAAAUCGACUUUGACAGUCCAUACGGAUCUUCCUCGGCAAUCGGAUCUGCUUCUACUCCUCCCCUGCCACCUAUGCAAGCUCCACCUUCAGGCCCACCCACAGUAAUUGACGGUUACCGCACUCUACGUGGAACACCUCCUAAUUCUUCGGCCGCCAAUGCUCUUCGCUCCUUCACUCAACUUGCUGGUGCUACUCCACCACCUCCUCACUCUGCCACGUCAACAAGUUCGAUGAGACCGACAAUCAUUGCAGCUGGCGGAAGACAGGUUCCAGUUGGACGAGCCACAGCUCAGCCACGUGUCAAUGUGGCAAACAUCUACAGUCCGUUUGCGUCGUGCUCUGCUUCCUCGGAUGCUGGUGAUUCGGAUAAAAAGGGUGAAUGUAUGGAGAUGAGAGAGACGACGCCUGUUAAAACAACUGGUAGUGAUAAGAUUGUUGCAAAUAUGCUGCCCUCUCACUCUACAGAAGAUCUCAAUGCACAUCUGGAGAGUCUGGACACGAUGCUAGAUGAUUUACAACAAUUACAGCACAAUUUACACCUUGAUACGAGUACGGACAAAUAA